UCUUGUUUCCUGGCAGAGCGGGGUCCCGGCACCGCGGCGCUCGGGUUUUGUUAGGGUCCUGGGCGGAGGGCCCGGGUGCCGGGGCCCGAGGUGCCGCCUCGCUAGCGGGAGAGGGAGCGGGAUCACCGGCCCGGAGAGAGCUCUCAGGGCCAGAGUGGGCAGGAGGAUGCUUUCCCAGCCCCACCAUGGAGCUGCGCUGUGGGGGAUUGCUGUUCAGUUCUCGCUUUGAUUCAGGGAACCUAGCCCAUGUGGAGAAGGUGGAAUCCGUGUGUAGUGAUGGGGAAGGGGUAGGAAGUGGGGCAUCAGCCCCCACCAGUGGCAUUGCCUCUUUCCCCGACUACGAGUUCAACGUGUGGACACGGCCAGACUGUGCUGAAACGGAAUUUGAGAAUGGAAACAGGUCAUGGUUCUACUUCAGUGUCCGGGGAGGAACCCCAGGGAAACUCAUCAAGAUCAACAUUAUGAACAUGAACAAGCAGAGCAAGCUGUAUUCCCAGGGCAUGGCCCCGUUUGUGCGCACACUGCCCACCCGGCCACGCUGGGAACGCAUUCGAGAGCGGCCCACCUUCGAGAUGACAGAGACGCAGUUUGUGUUAUCCUUUGUUCACCGUUUCGUGGAGGGCCGAGGGGCCACCACCUUCUUCGCCUUCUGCUACCCCUUCUCCUACAGUGACUGCCAGGAUUUGCUAAACCAGCUAGACCAGCGCUUUCCGGAGAACCACCCUACCCACAGCAGCCCCUUGGACACCAUCUAUUACCACCGGGAGCUCCUUUGCUAUUCUCUGGAUGGACUUCGUGUUGAUCUGCUAACGAUCACUUCCUGCCAUGGGCUCCGAGAAGAUCGAGAACCCCGUCUAGAGCAGCUAUUUCCAGAUAUCAGCACCCCCCGACCAUUCCGUUUCACAGGGAAGAGGAUAUUCUUCUUAAGCAGCAGAGUACACCCUGGAGAGACGCCAUCUAGCUUUGUCUUCAAUGGCUUUCUGGACUUCAUCCUUCGACCUGAUGAUCCCCGGGCCCAAACCCUACGACGUCUCUUUGUCUUUAAGUUGAUUCCCAUGUUGAACCCUGAUGGUGUGGUCCGGGGCCACUACCGCACUGACUCGCGUGGAGUGAACCUGAACAGGCAGUACCUGAAGCCUGAUGCUGUCUUGCACCCGGCCAUCUACGGGGCUAAAGCUGUGCUGCUUUACCACCACGUGCACUCUCGUCUGAGCUCCCAGAACCCCUCUGAGCACCGUCCCAGUCCCUGUCUCCCUCCUGAUGCUCCUUUUUCGGACCUUGAGAAAGCCCACAACAUCCAGAAUGAAGCUCACCUUGGGCACACAGCUGACAAGGAUAACCCUGAGGCCUGGGCCCAGAAAGAGCUGGCGGAACAGAAGCCCAACGGUGUGUGGAUUAUGCCGCAGCAGCCUGGCGAGCUGGAGGAGCCAGCCCCUGACAGCAUCCCCCCUAAAGAGAGUGGUGUUGCCUACUACGUGGACCUGCAUGGACAUGCUUCCAAAAGGGGCUGCUUCAUGUAUGGAAACAGCUUCAGUGAUGAGAGCACCCAGGUGGAAAACAUGCUAUAUCCAAAGCUCAUCUCCUUGAACUCAGCCCACUUCGACUUCCAGGGCUGCAAUUUCUCAGAGAAGAACAUGUAUGCCCGAGACCGUAGAGAUGGCCAGUCUAAAGAGGGAAGCGGCCGUGUUGCAAUCUACAAAGCCUCAGGGAUAAUCCACAGCUACACACUUGAAUGCAACUACAACACUGGACGCUCAGUAAACAGCAUUCCUACUGCCUGCCAUGACAAUGGCCGUGCCAGCCCCCCUCCCCCGCCGGCCUUCCCCUCCAGAUACACUGUGGAACUAUUUGAGCAGGUGGGACGAGCUAUGGCCAUCGCAGCUCUGGACAUGGCAGAAUGUAAUCCGUGGCCCCGCAUCGUGCUCUCAGAGCACAGCAGCCUGACUAACCUUCGGGCCUGGAUGCUCAAACAUGUGCGCAACAGCAGAGGCCUAAGCAGCACUCUGAGUGUGGGUGUCAACAAGAAGAGAGGCUCUCGAACUCCACCCAAAAGUAACAGUGGAUUGCCCGUUUCCUGCUCUGAAAACACCUUGAGUCGGGCACGAAGUUUUAGCACUGGCACAAGUGCUGGUGGCAGCAGCAGCAGCCAACAAAAUUCUCCACAGAUGAAGAACUCCCCCAGCUUUCCUUUUCAUGGCAGUCGGCCUACAGGGCUGCCAGGCCUGGGCUCUAGCACCCAAAAGGUCAGCCACCGGGUGCUGGGCCCCGUCAGAGAACCCAGAAGCCAGGACAGAAGACGGCGGCAGCAGCCACCAAACCAUCGCCCUACUGCAAGCAGCCUGGCCCCAUCCCCAGCUCCUGCUAGUUCUGGCCCAGCCUCUUCACGCAACCUGGGCUCCUGCCUUCUGCCCAAUUCACUCAGCAUAUCAGGGAGCAGCUGCACACUCUUGUCCUCGGGGGACAAGCCAGAGGCUGUCAUGGUGAUUGGGAAAGGUCUGCUAGGGUCUGGAGCUCGGAUCCCCUGCAUCAGGACUCGAUUGCAGACCUGCCCGAGGAGAGUUUCCGCCAGGAGGGGUCCCGGAUUCCCCAGGCUAGGCCCAGGUUGGGCCGGGGCUCACCGCCGACUCGCAGAGGGAUGAGAGGCUCUUCAGGCCCCGCAUCCCCUAUCCCCCGGACCAGGGAGAGCACUGAGAUGGAGCCGGGACCCCGCUCUGCUACACCAGG